GCCAGCAGCGGCCGCUCGCUUCAGUCACUGCGGCGCCUCGGAGAAGCGAAAGGAACCUGGUCCCGUCUGUUGCGUACCGAACUUACCGUCCUACACAUCUUCCUCUGAGCAUGAUAUUACAACCGCUGGGAUAUGUUUGUGCAUCCCCGGAAACCUAUAAGAAUUUAUCCGGAUCUAUCAAUGGGGAUAUGCUGCGCGUGUACUAGUACUAGUAGUUUCUGCAACUUUUCGGAAGACUUGUUUUGAUUGAAUUCGCUUCGUUUGGACACCGAGGAUAAGUUGGGAAAACAUGCCGGAGCGUAUCAGCAUUUCGGAAUUCAUCUCACUCACGACUGAGGACCUGGCUUCGCCGGCGACCUCGACUUUUCAGUCGAAAAUGAGCGACUGCCGGAACACGGUGAUCGCGCUGGAGGAGUCCCUGGAGAUGGACCAGAACAUGCUGCAGAGGAUGAAGAAGAUGGUGAAGGCCAUCCACAACUCCGGACUCACUCACGUGGAGAAUAAGGACCAGUACAUCGAGAUCCUGGAGAACCUGGGGAACAGUCACCUGACGCAGGACCACCACGAGGUGUCCACCGGCUUCCUCAACCUGGCCGUGUUCACGCGGGAGGUGACGGCGCUCUUCAAAAACCUGGUGCAGAACCUGAACAACAUCAUCUCUUUUCCCCUGGAGAGCGUCCUGAAGGCUGAGCUGAGGGACGGGAGACAGGAGCUGAAGAAGCAGAUGGAGAAGAGCUGGAAAGACUAUGAUAUCAAAGUGGGGAAGUUGGAGAAGGAGCGGAGGGAGAAGAACAGGCAGCAGGGCGUGGUCAGGGGGGAGUCUGUUGACGUGACGGACGACAUGGAGCGAGAGAGGCGGAGCUUCCAGCUGCAGAUGUGUGAGUACCUGUUGAAGACCCAGGACCUGAAGAGCCGGCAGGGCCCUGACCUCCUGCAGAGCCUCAUCAAGUACUUCCAGGCCCAGCACAAUUUUUUCCAGGAUGGGCUGAAGGCUGCAGAGCACAUUGGGCCCUUUGUGGAGAAACUGGCUGCUUCUGUUCACACGGUGCGUCAGGAGCAGGAGGAGGAGGUGCGUCAGCUCCAUCAGCUCCGCGACUCCCUCCGGACACUCCUGCAGGUGGAGGGCAAGGAGGAGCAGCUGUCCCGAAAGCCCUCUGGAAACGGAUACAGCAUCCACCAGCCGCAGGGAAACAAGAAGUACGGCACGGAAAGAUCCGGAUUCCUGCUGAAGAGGAGCGUCGGGAUCAGGAAGGUGUGGCAGAAGAGGAAGUGUGGGGUGAAGUAUGGCUGCCUGACCAUCUCGCACAGCACGAUUAACCGACCCCCGGCCAAACUCAACCUGCUCACCUGCCAGGUGAGGCCCAAUCCGGAUGACCGGAAGACCUUCGACCUCGUGACACAUAAUCGCACGUACCACUUCCAGGCGGAGGAUGAGCAGGAGUGUGUGAUCUGGGUGUCGGUCCUGCAGAACAGUAAGGAGGAGGCGCUGAACGUGGCCCUGGGGGGGGACCAGAUGCAGUUCCAGGACAGCAGCCUGCAGGAGCUGGCGCGCGCCGUCAUCUCGGAGCUGCGCACCAUGGCCGGGAACGAGGUCUGCUGCGACUGCGGGGCCCCCAACCCCACCUGGCUCUCCACCAACCUGGGCAUCCUCACCUGCAUAGAGUGUUCCGGAAUCCACCGGGAGCUGGGCGUGCACUGCUCCCGCAUCCAGUCCCUCACCCUGGACAUGCUCAGCACGUCCGAGCUUCUGCUGGCCGUCAGCAUCGGCAACACCAGGUUCAACGACAUCAUGGAGGCGGGGCUUCCCAACGACACCGUCAAGCCCCUCCCACAGAGUGACAUGAACGCGCGGAAGGAGUACAUCGUGGCCAAGUACGCGGAGCGACGCUACGUGGUGCGGAAGGAGAGCGAGGACCCGCACCGCGUGUUCCACGCCACCAGGACCCGCGACCUCACCGCCCUGCUGCAGCUCUACGCCGAGGGGGAGGACCUGGCCCGGCCCAUGAGUCUGCCACAGGGACCGGACCUGCGUGAGACUGCCCUUCACCUGGCUGUCAGACAGGCAGAGAGGAGCUCACUGGCCCUGGUGGACUUCCUCACUCAGAACAGCGGGUGUCUGGAGAAGUCAUCGUCGGAGGGGAACACUGCUCUACACUACUGCUCCCUGCACAACAAACCAGAGAGUCUGAAACUGCUGCUGAAAGGGAAGGCCGUCCUCCAUACAGUGAACUCAGCUGGAGAGACCGCAUUAGACAUCGCCAGGAGAUUACAUCACACGCAGUGCAUCGAGCUGCUGGAGCUGGCCCAGAGUGGAAAGUUCAACGCCCAGAUCCAUGUGGACUACACCUGGGAGACGCCCCAGGACAUCCUGUACGACAGCGAGGAUGACCUGGAUGAGAAGGUGAGCCCCCUCCCCCGGAACCUCCGCUCGCCGCAUCCUCUCACCGCGGGCGGAGCCUCCCCCUCCUGCUGGAGCCUGACCAAUGCCAGCGUCGCCAACAAGACCUACGAGAACAUCGACUUCCUGUACCGCAACCCACCGGCCAACAGCGCCCCCUCUGGUGGGACCCCACCACCACUGCCGGCUAAAGCCAUCCAGAGGGGUAGGGAGCAGGGGGGACAAAAUGGCCUCUCAAAAAACAUAUCCAGACGCUCCGAUCCCCAGAUCUCCAUCUCCACCCGGGAGGGCAACGCCCCCAUCCGCCGAGCCUCCAAUCCCACGGCCUACAGGCCCGGCCCCGCCCCCCUGGGCCCUGACGGACAGGCCCAGGGGCCCCGCCCCCCCAGGUCCCCUCACGGGGGCGUGGUCAGGGGGCAGCGGCAGACGGUGUGCUGGGAGGGGCAGUCCCCCGGCACCUCCCCCCAGAACCAGCGGGGCCCAGUCAGCUCGGAGAAGACCACCUCAUACCGCCGCACCAGCAGCGGAGGCCAGGGGAAGUGCGCCACGACAUCAUCAUCCUGCGCCACGACAUCAUCAUCCUGCUCCACGACAUCAUCAUCCUGUGCCACAACAUCGCCGGUGUUUACAGGGAGCCAGGAGGAGCUGUACAGCAGCCUGGCUGGAAGUGCCCCGCCUACACCGCCGCCCACAGCCCCGCCCACAGCCCCGCCCACAGCCCCGCCCACAUCCUCACCUGUCCCUGUCCCCAUGACACGCCCCCGCCGGAACGCCAUGGUGUCUCAGGUGAAGCCUCGUAAGAAACGGGUCCAGGCAUUGGUGGACUGUCGGGCGGUCAGCACAGAGCAACUGGCCUUCUUCAAGGACGAGGUCAUCGUGGUGACGUGCUCGGAGGACUCUCAUUGGUGGGUGGGCCACAUCGACGGUGACGCGUCCAGGUGUGGCUCGUUCCCCGUCAACUAUGUUCACAAGCUCCCCGACUGACUCAGGCCCCCGCCCCGCCCCGCCCCGCCCCGCCCCACCCGACCCAGCAGAACCGCCCUCCCGUCCCGGUGGGCCCCCACCGGACCCCAGAACCACACACCUGGCUGAGGAACGAGGCUGGUACUCCCCACGCCUCACAUGCCACUCACUCAAAAGGGGAAAAGACCGUGCACAGCUUGUGAUGUCUCAGUUUUGUCUUCGUCCCAUUAUUGUGUAUAAACUCCUGUACGGCAGAGCUCUCUGCAGUCACCAAGCUAGCGGGCUGGCCUUUUGGGGAAACCGAUAACGUGCGAUGCCCAUGAUCACAGUAACUUUAUUUUUAUUAUUGUUUGUCGCUAUUUUAUGAUGAUAAUUUUUUGCGAAAGAUGGAAGAGCGCACGGCGGGAGGGCGCCGCCGUGGUUGUGGAGACGUCUGCAGAGUCACUCCGCACCUCCGGAAGUGGAAGCGCAAACUCUCUCUCCGGCAGUUGCUCGGCCCGCGCUGUUUUCCGGUGCUGUGUGACACUUCCUGAACGUUCCUGAGGAAUAUCUUCCCUUGGAAAUCGGAAAAUGUCUGGUUCAGACGGCUCGGGAGUCGGAACGCUAAGAGAGAGUGUGAAGCCGGCCAUCCUGCUUCAUCUGAAUCUCAACUCUACGCUGCAGUGCAUUCUGGGACGGAAGGGCAAACUCUGGCCUGCUUGAUCGUUCAAUGUGACCCGGAACCCGUUGCAUUCCGGGAAGGGCCUUUGUGGGGCGAUCUCUGUUCACGGCUGCCCAGUGCAGGAAAACCUUGGCCUGUGUGUCUCUCCUGGGGCCUUUCAGACAGAGCUACAGAGACGGCAGAAUUCCCUCUGUGACAUUCCCACUGUGACAUUCCUGUGAGUGACUGGAUCUCCUGGAUCCAUCCCCACUGCCCUGGCUUUUCAACACACACUUUCUCCACAAUCAUUGAUGGACUGACAAAUUAUAGUUGUUACUAAAAAAAAUCACUCUUAACAUGCGAGAUCUCUCGUACACUUAACUACACAAAUAACUACAGAACUCUGCCUGCCUGGUGGCUCUGCACUCAUAAGCGUGUACUGAACAGUGCAUACUGAACAGUGCACGGCCGAAACCUUGCCAGGUUUGGUCACUCUCCCUCGGCGAGAACUGACCCAUUUUCAACACAACGCAACAAACCGCUCGUCGCCAUCCCUUCCGGCCUCACACUGCGGCUGUGGUUCACCUUCCUACACUUGUGUGUGUGUGUGUGUGUUUGUGUGUGUGUGUGUGUGUGUGUGUGUGAGUGAGUGUGAGAGAGUGAGAGAGAGGUUGUGUGUGUGUGUGUGUGUGUGUGUGAGUGAGUGUGAGAGAGUGAGAGAGAGGUUAUGUGUGUGUGUGUGUGUGUGUGUGUGGUGUGUGUGUGAGAGAGUGAUAGAGGGAAUGAGAGAGCGAGAUAGAAAUGUUGGCUGCUGAAAAGGAAAAAUGACUUUGAGGAGAACUCACCUUCAAACCGACGAUGGUACUGUGUGUGUUUUAUUUUUCACAACAAAGCAGCUGAACAUUCUAAGAAAGGAUUGCCUGUUUUUACCAAAUUUAGUUUUUUCCUUCACUUACCAAAACUGCCGUGCCCAUGUCUCAGUAUUCAGCCCAGUACUGCAGGUGCGGGAUAUUAGCAAAACCUAAGAUGAGUGGUGUGUGUUCAGAGAGUCCAGCUCACCUGCUGGCCUUGGUGCGCUGGCCUUGAAUGCGUUAAAAACAGGGUGCCUUAUUUUGGCUUUACUGGACAAAUGAAACUGCGGAAAUCACAAAUCAAACAGGAACAACAGGGCUUCUUUGAGAUACUGGAACUGUGGGUAAUUUGCCCCCCAUGUGUUUUUUGUGUUUUUAUUAGUGGGGGGGGGGGGGGGGGUCACAGUAUGGCUCAGCUGUGCCUCAUGCAGACACAGCUGGUGUCAAAAUGGAACAGAACAUGCUCAGUUUUAAGCUGUUUUCAUCCGGAGCUCCCAUUUCAGAAAACUGCCUGUAGGGGCACUUCGCUAAACUCACUGUCAGGCAGGGGUGUCUGUGCUGUUAGCGCUGUGCUAAACUCACUGUAAGGGAGUAAGGAGUGUCAAUUAGCAUGUUAACACUUUGCUAAACUCAGUGUAAGGGAGUAGGGGUGUCACUUGGCGUGUUAGCACUGUGCUAAACUCACUGCAAGGGAGUAAGGAGUGUCACUUAGCGUGUUAGCAGUGUUAGUGCUGUGCUAAACUCACUGUCAGGGAGUUGGGGUGUCACUGAGCGUGUUUGUGCUGACUGCACUAAUCUCACAACAAGAAAGAUGUACUUUAAAGAGUAAAUGACAUACCACAGCUAACCAAUUAAAAACACUUGAGCAGUUUCCAAAGGAGGGCACGCUAGAUUUAUAUCUGAGCAUAGGGCGAGAAUGGGGGGGGGAGAUGGGAAAAUAAGCUUUUUGAUAGAAAAUAUUGGUAUCACUAAGGGGGUGACUUCAUAUGAAUUGGUGAAACUAGUAACUCAAUUCACCCAGCCAGGAUUGGACUGCUUUAGCCAAUCAGAAUUGGACCAGAGAUACGGUUUCGGCCAAGGCCAGAGGAAUGCAACAGCAAAAAAAAAUAUUUCUAGGCUUGAAUACAGUGUUGUUAAGUCGUUACGCUUUACUGAUGUUGUUGGUUUUAAAGUGUAUUCUGUUCCCACAAUCUCCCAUCCUGUUGUAAUUCAAAACAGUAGAUUGCAUUGCAUGCGAAUACCAGCAGUCACACCUGUGUGGUUUUGUACAGUUUUUAUGUAUUUUUUGUCUUUGUCUUUUUUUGGCUGAAAAAUGUCAUCUUAGUCAUGACAUUUUAUUUUUUGACAUGAUCAUUAAAGAAGUUACUUUUACCCCUAAC